AUGCCUCCUCCACGAGACGGCAACGAGCCGAUCCCCUUCGAGCGAUUGAUCAAGCUGGAAAGAUUGAACAAGGACACCUUCAGGUCCAUUGCCCUACCCUUCACGCCAGAUGCCCCGAAUGGCGUCCGAGGAGUCGCAUACGGAGGCCAUGUGUACAUGCAAGCGGCAUGGGCGGCUUGCCAGACGGUAGCGAAAGGCUUUCAAUUAAGUAACGUCUCCGGCAACUUUAUCCUCCCUGGAACGCCCGAUCUCAAAUUCACCUACCACGUCCAGACCAUCCGAGAUGGUCGUUCCUCUGCCACACGCAUCGUCAACGUCUCCCAGAAGGAAGGCAAAGGCUUUAUGUUCACCUGCACCUGCGUCUUCAAAAACCCCGAACCCAAUCCCCUAGACGUGCAAUCCCCCAUCAACCUCUGGGACAAAUACGCCAUCUCCCUCAAAGACAAACAACCCUGGUCCUUCCCCGAAUGCCCGGGCUUCGACGUGCCUUGGUACUGGCGCGAACAAGCCAAUGGAAAGAAGAACGACAUCUUCCCCGGCCUCGACACGCGGAAAGCGGAUUUGUCGAAGUACAACCAGAACCGCCACCCGCUGGACCGUCGACAACUCGUCUUCUACAGAAGUAUCGGCACGAUCCCCGCCGACGACGUGAACAUGCACCUCUGCGCACAACUCUACGCCAGCGAUCGGAACAGCCUCUUCAUCGUCGCCAACGCACUCGACAUAGGCGAUCUGUACACGGGGAUGGGGAGUUUGAUCCAUCAGGUGAUUUUCCACACGGGCGCGGAGGAUUUGGGGUUUGGGGAGGAUGUUGGGGAGGAAGGGAGUCGGUGGUUCUGUAAGGAGGAUUCUUGUACGAGGUAUGCGAAUGGGCGGGGACUGUUUUUUAGUCGGGUUUGGAGUCCGGAGGGGAGGCAUGUUAUGACUGUUACGCAGGAUGGGAUGGUGAGGUUGCCGAGGGAGGGUGGGGAGGGGAAGGUUGAGGAUGUUGUGAAAGGAUGGGACGGUCUGGAGCCAGAGGAGAUGCAGCAGGUCAGGAGGGGGAAGGGAAAGCUUUAA